AUGCUUGAGCAGUUCUGCGGCAUGGACUACCCACAGCACCUUCCCGACUACAGCGAGGACCUCCCCGUCUUCCUGCACUCGUACCAAGGCAGCGCGCCCUCCACCAGAGAUACGAGCCCGUGGUCCGAUGGCUCAUUCACGGGAUACUCGACGCUACCACCUUCUUCGCCCGCUUCAAUCUCCGCCAUGGGUCCCGUCAGUGCUUGGCCGAUGACACUGCCCGUUGACCCCAAGGCCAAACUUCUCACGCAGGCUUGCAUCCCGCUCACCUUCGGACGCGCUACGGCCGAGGCAUACCUGGCGCACCUUCUCGGCGUGUCGCCACACUCAGACUGGGGCGUCUCCCGGGGUACCCACGAGUACGCCGGCGCCUACAGGGUUGUACUCAAGAUGGACGCGCGCACUCUCGACUUCGACGUCGGUUCAGUCCGCGGUGAAGGCGUUCUCGUCCCCCAAAAACUAUGGCGCCCCUCGUCCGACCUCGAUCAUAUGAGACUUGUCAACAACGCAGAGUUGCAGCUACCGAUAUGGUUCGACUUGCUCACGGGGGGCGUUGGCAUAUCGCUCGCUGACGCCGUUGAUGGUCAACGUGCGGAGCUCCGCGACAAGGAUAUCUGUGUAUCGAUGAAGGGGAGAGCGACCACUGCGAUCCGUCUUCUCAUUGAAGGCCACCCGAAGAAGGAGGCCCAAAUACACGUGCGCGACGAUACUCAAGCAAAAGCCGCCGUCACUCGCGACCGUCUUGUACGCCAGGUCGGCUUAGUCGUGGAGAAGAUCUACAGGGCUUUGGGACUUAUCUCCGGACCGGGUGACCGCCACUUGUUGCUCAUCCUUGGAAUUAUCCAGGUCUCGGCGGGAGGCUGGCAGCCUCUGUUAUUCAAACGAUCGCCUCCCGCCUUCAGCUCUAUGGCGCAAUCCAUGCCCAGCCUUGCGAUGACGGCGUACUCGACCUAA